AUGUAUAGAUCCAAUUUAUUUAUUUUAUCUGUAUUUUUGGUUGUAUCUGUAUCAUUAAUCAAUGCCUCGAGCAAUGGUGAUGUGAAAGUUUCACCAUUCUUCAAGAAACACAAUGGUUUCGCAAAGAUCCCAGAAGGUGUUUUCUUAGAAACAAUGGAAGAUGCAGGUGAAGCUGUAUACUUGAAUGAAUAUUUAGAUAAUCCAGAGGUUGGUAGAAGAAAAUCAUGUGUAGAUAUUAAUAAAUUAGUUGAUGGUACUCCAUUCGGAGAUUGUUCAAUGUUGGACAAUCCAAAUGACCCACUCACCCAAGUUACUCCAUUCACUUAUUCCGGUUUCUUCCAAGUCAACGAAACCUACGAUCAAAACUUGUUCUACUGGUUCUUUGAAUCUCAAGACGGUAACAAAGAUGCUCCAGUUGUUCUUUGGCUUCAAGGUGGUCCAGGUGGAUCUUCAUUAUUUGGUUUGUUUGUUGAGAAUGGUCCAUACGCUAUUCUCGAGAACUUGACUAUGGUACCAAGAAAUGUUACAUGGAAUGAACACUUCUCGAUGCUCUACGUCGAUAAUCCAGUUGGAACUGGUUUCAGUUACACCAAUUCAAUGGCCGGUUACUCUUCGAAUCAAGAUCAAAUCGCUGCCAAUCUCCACAGUCUUUUGGUGCAAUUCUUUGGUGUUUUCCCACAGUAUGCCAACAACGAUUUCUACGUCGCUGGUGAAUCAUACGCCGGUAAAUACGUUCCAGCACUCGGAUACUACAUCAUCCAACAAAACAAGCUCAACCCAAGCAACUUUAUCAACUUGGCAGGUAUUGCCGUCGGAGAUGGUCUCUGCGAUCCAGUCACUCAAGUCACCCAAUACGCCAACUUGGCAUUCUACAUGGGUCUUGCCGAUCUCGGUCAACAAAACACCAUGUCCAUCUACCAAGACAAGAUCAUCCAAGCCAUCUUGUCGGAGCAAUGGAUGGAGGCCAACGAUUUGUUCACCGACCUCAUCAACGGUCCACCCGAUUACUUCCAGAACAUCACCGGUGAGCCAGACUACUACGACAUCCGUAAGACCGUUGAGCCAACCUACGGUGGAAACUUUGAGGCAUUUGUAAACUCAUCGAUGGUCAGAAACUUGUUGCACGUAGGUAACAACUACUUCCAAGACAACAACAACGUCUACUUGGCAUUGCAAGCCGACAUUCCAAAGUCUAUCAAGCCAUUGAUCCCAACCAUCAUUGAGAACGUCAAGGUACUCUUCUACAACGGUCAAUUCGACUUUAUCGUUGGAGCAUCACUCACCGAGACAUUCAUGCGUACCAUCCCAUGGGAGGGUAUCCCACCAUUCGUCGGUGCCGAGCGUACCAUCUGGAAGAUUCCAUCUGAUCAAGUCAACGUCGCCGGUUACGUACGUCAAUAUCUCAGUCUAACUCAAGUCGUUGUUAGAGGUGCCGGUCAUAUUUUGCCAUACGAUCAACCAGAGAGAGCUUACGAUAUGAUCACAAGAUUCGUCAACAAUGUUCCAUUUACCAAUUAA